AUGCCAUCGCCUCGUCCUGGUCUCGUGCUGCUGCUGGCGCUGACGCUGAGUCUGAGUCUGAGUCUGAGUCUGAGUCUGAGCGCGCUCUCGGCGUCGCAAGGCGACCCCGCCGCGUCCGUGUUCGAGGCGGCGGCGAAGGCGCAGGAGGCGGCGCGCCACCUGCAGCGAGACCUCGCGGACGACCACGUGCGCGUCAUGUACUGCACGUCGUGCGGCUACCAGCAGAACUUCCAGCAGAUCAAGACGUACCUGGAGGACACUUUCCCGCACCUGGUGGACAGAGUGGACGGCGCCAACUAUGAUGUGGACCCUUUCAAGAUGGUCAGCGGCAUUCUUAUUACAUCGUGGAACAUGCUGGCGCAGUUCAUGGGCUACGCGCAGGCGACGGCCAUGGUCCUGCUGGUCUUCGGGGAAUACAUUUUGCCGGCGCUGGGGAUGAAUACGACGGCGCUGCGCUGGGCGCUGAACAACCGCAUCGCGGCCGUCUUCAUCGUCCUGUUCAUGGGCUCGAUCGCCAGCAGUUUGACGGCGUCGGGGGCCUUCGAGAUCUUCUUUAACGGUGCGCUGGGAGGCUGA